AUGAGAUCAGGAAGCACUAGAGGUUCAAAUAAAGAACUAUUACAUUUUUCUUUUUAUCAGGAAACAAGCACAAUAGGGGAGGGACAAAAUCCUGUAAAACAUGCUGCACUUAAAGUGCAUGCAUAUGCUUUGAGAUUUCUAAAGGCUAAUAGGUCUCAUGGAAUUUCCUCUCAAGCGGAGGCACCAACAACUCCUGAAAAGAUAUUUGACUCGAGCAGUGUUGAUAUGUCAUGGGAUGAGCAUCUCAAUGAAGAAAAUCUUUUCUAUGAAGUUCCUCCUACUGCAAUGGAAACAUAUAGAAAGGCUAUCGAAUCUCAUUUCCAUCAUUUCGAGAAAACUGGGAGUAGCAUUCAAGAAGAAGUUGAAACAUCUGUGUAUGAUACCGCAGCAGACUUUGGGUCCCAAGAGAAUGCAUAUGAUGAGGAAGGAGAAACUAGCACUUAUUACUUGCCCAGUGUCUAUGAGGGCAACAAAUCAUCAAAAUCUGCGCAGAGGAAACAUAAAAAUUUAAAGUGUUAUACUCCUAGGUGUGGUGAUGCUGGUGCUGAUUUGCCUUAUGUUCACUAUACAAUCAGAACUCAACCAUCCAUGAUGUUUGGAAAAAGGCCUGCUAGUUUAAAUGUUGGGUCAAUACCAACAAAGCGUAUGCGAACUGCUACUAGGCAUAGAGUUGUUAGCCCUUUCACUAACAUUGGGACAGUACAAGCUCAAGCGAAGGCGGAUGCUUCAAGUGGUGAUACCAAUUCCCUUCAUGAUGACCAGAGUACUUUACAUGUUGGACCCCUCAUACAGAAAAGUACUGAGGUGGAGUCAGUUCCAGAUUUUGAAAAACAGUUAUCUUAUGAUUGUGCAGAAGCAUUUGUCAAAACAAAGAAGAAGAAGAAGGCAAAGACUCUGGGUUCUACUUAUGAUCAGGGAUGGCAGUUGGAUUCUGUUGUUCUAAAUGAGCAGGACAUAUAUGGGGCCUGUGUCUGUAGGUACAUACUUAAAACCGGUGCAUCUGGGACAGAGACUAGGCUGGUGCAUCUGAGACAAAGUCAGAGCCAGUGGAUCUGGGACAAGGCUGGGGCCAGUGCAUCUAAGACAAAACUGAGGGAUCAGUCCAAGAAGAGAGUGGAUAUUCAUCACUUUGAAUCUAAUGGAAGUAGUGGUAAAGCAACUUGUUUGUAUGGGCAACAUAACGGGAAGAAGCCAAAGAUAAUGAGGCCACUUGAUAAUCCUUUGGACAAUAUUGUGCCAAUGACAAACUCUAUUCCUUCUCCAGCUACUUCACAAAUGAGUAACAUGUCAAAUCCAAAUAAAUUUAUUAAGAUCAUUAGUGGGCGCGACAGGGGCCGGAAGGCUAAAGCUCUGAAGAUUUCUGCUGGACAGCCUGGUUCUGGAAGUCCUUGGUCACUAUUUGAAGAUCAGGCCCUCGUUGUCCUGGUGCAUGAUAUGGGGCCAAACUGGGAGCUCGUAAGUGAUGCUAUCAAUAGUGCUCUCCAAAUCAAGUGCGUCUUUCGCAAACCAAAAGAGUGCAAGGACCGUCAUAAAAUUUUAAUGGAUAGAACUGGGGACGGUGCAGAUAGUGCUGAAGAUUCAGGGUCUUCACAGUCUUAUCCUUCUACGUUGCCUGGAAUUCCUAAGGCAUGGAAUUUUUUUCUUUUUUCGUGUAGUAUUGCCAGGCAGCUGUUUCAACGUUUACAGGGGCCAAUGGAGGAGGAUACACUGAAGUCUCAUUUUGAGAAAAUUAUAAAGAUUGGGCAGAAGCAACAUUACCAUAAGAAUCAGGAAAAGAAGAAAAACAGAGAAUUUGGAAAAGUAGUUCUGAAAAAUAUCAUUAGCACAGUGGCAAAGGAAUGUAUAGCUGUUGUUGAGACAGCUGUCAUAACUAAAAGCACAGCUGGCUAUCAGCUUUCUAACUACCUGCCACUUGAUCUGUGUGAAGCUGAAGAAACAAACCCAGAUGUCCCAGUCCUAGGGUAUCAAGGUUCUCAUCCUGGUGGUUUAACAUUACCAAAUCAAGGCUCUGUACAGUCAAUGCUUCCCACAUCUGGGGUGAAUUCUUCACUACCUGUGUCUUCUGGUAUGCUUCUUGGUCAAAACUUGUCAUCUUCAUCUGCUCCAGCCGCAGCAUCUGUCAGGGGUGGUAGAUAUGGAAUUCCAAGGAACUCACCUUCAUCAGUCGAUGAGCAACAGAGAAUACAAUACAAUCAAAUGUUAUCUGGAAGAAACAUUCAGCAAAGCAUGUCAGUUGCUGGGACAAUUUCUGGAAGUGACCAUGGUGUUCGCAUGCUUCCCAGUGGAAAUAGUAUGGGCAUAAUGGCUGGAAUUAACAAAACUAUGGCAAUGCCUAGGCCAGGGUUUCAAGGAAUGGCAUCACCAUCGAUGCUGAAUUCUGGAAGCAUUAUUUCCGCUAGUAUGGUUGGGAUGCCAAGCCCUGUAAAUAUGCACUCUGGAGUUGGUCCUGGACCAGGCAAUUCAAUUUUAAGGUCACAUGAGACUCUGCAUAUGAUGAGGCCUGGCCAUAACCCAGAUCAUCAAAGACAGAUGAUGGUUCCAGAGCUUCAAAUGCAGGUCACCCAAGGGAACAGUCAAGGUAUUCCUGCUCUGUGUGGGCUGAGUUCUGCCUUUAGCAAUCAGACAACAACACCUGUUCAGCCUUACCCAGGACAUGCUCAGCAGCCACACCAACUGUCGCAGCAGCAGUCCAAUCUCAGUAAUCCUCGUCCUCAUCUUCAAGGUCCAAGUCAUACUAAUUCACAGCAGCAAGCCUAUGCUGUCCGGUUGGCGAAAGAAAGGCAAAUGAAGCAACGAUAUCUCCAGCACCAGCAGCAGCUUGCUGCAUCAAAUGCAUUAAUGCCACAUGUCCAGCCAACAUCUAAACUUCCCAUAUCAUCAUCACCAUUGCAGAACAGUUCUCAAAUUCAACCACAAAAUUCUUCUCAGCAAGUCCCUCAUUCACCUAUAACAUCAUCAUCCCCUUUGACUCCCUUGUCAUCCCAGCUGCAACAGCAGAGACUUCACCAGCCUCAACCUGUGUUCAGCAGAAAUCCCCCUGCUAGUGGGUUGACUAAUCAAGCAGCAAAACAACGCCCACGGCAGCAGCAGCUGCCGCCACAGCAGUAUCAACAGUCUAGUAGGCAGCAUCCUAAUCAACGGCAUAAUGUACAGUCUCAACAGCAGGCAAAACUUCUGAAGGGAAUGGGAAGAGGAAAUAUGUUGGUCCAUCCCAACCUCUCUGUGGAUACUUCUCAUCUUAGUGGACUCUCUCUGCCUGUGGGAAGUCAAACUGGUGAGAAAGGGGACAAAAUCAUGCCCAUGAUGCCAGGUCAAAAUAUAUAUUCGGGAUCUGGUUUAAACUCAAAUCAGCCAUCAAAGCCUUCGGAUCAUGCCCAUUCUUCAAAUCAUUCACAAUUGCAGCAGAAGUUACAUUCUGGGUCACCAACCACUUCAUCCAAGCAACUUCAUAUUCCUUCAGAUACAAGUUCUCAAGCACAGGAUUCACAGGUUUCAUCGGGUCAGUUGUUGUCACCUUCACAGCCAGCUGUUAUUGCUUCUAACCACCAUCAGCUGCAGCCACAGACUCAGUCUAAGAAAAUUAAUAAUACUCAAACAAACAUUCAGAGAAUGUUGCCGCAAAACCAUCAUAUUCAUUCUGAGUCAUUAAGCAAGUCACAGUCUGGCCCAACUCAAGCUGAUCAACAGCCUGCAAGCAGCGCUUCCCAGGUUAGCACAUGUCCUACAGUGACUCAGAGUUGUAUGGAUCCUGUUAGUAUGGUACCAGCUAGUACAACAGUAUCUUCUCUGUGGAAAACAUCCGAACGGCCAUUUGAUUCCACUAUGAACAAUCAAACAACUCAAAUGAGCUCCUUGGGGAGUGCGCCUGCUGGAAAUGAGCAACCAACAAUUAGUCAAGGAUUGGAGCCAAGUUUAGUUAGCUUGACUUCUCAUGCACAUAAUUCUGAUACACAGUGGAAAAAACGUCAGCUACAAUCUCUCCAACAGUCAUCACAACCCAUCCUAUCUCAGCAGCCAUAUCAGGCUGAGCAGAAGCAUGAGCAAGAACAACAUUCACCCAAAGAUCUUGUCCUACAACAUCAACCUCAGCAACAUAUGCAGCAUCUACAAUCAGGGCAGAGUAGUAUGUUUAUCCAGCCACCUGAUUCUAAAGUUGAAUGA